CAGCCCCAAACUACUACUUGCUCUUCUGCGCUCCCUCGUCUACACGCCAGCACGCCCUCACGCUGCUUUCCAUCACUCGAUUCCCCUGCCAGCCCCCUCGCCUGCCUCGUCUGACUCCCUUGCCGACGCGCCCGCCUGUCGAGUUCCAUCGCGCGCGCCUCCGCCCGGCCCCAGCCAUGCGCCAUGACCGCGGACACCCUUUCGUCUAAUGUGGUGAACUACUUGGUGUGGAGGUACCUCCAGGAGGCUGGCUUCGGUCACGCUGCUCUUCACCUGUCCAAGCACUGGAUUCGCGAUCCUGAGAGUCUACCCUUUACUAAAAACGUCCCCCGACUCGCCCUCGUCCACCUCCUUCAGGAUGGACUCUUCCUCGAUCAGCUUCAAUCCGAGACUACCAACUGCCAGCGACGCUUUGAUUUCGGUCGCGAUCAUGGACGGCCCUUCUCAAUGCGCAACGGCGCGACCCUGACCCUGGACCAAGGAAUUCCUGCCCACGAGCUGGCCGAGCCGUCAAAUGGAGCCGUUCCUGGCGCCGUGCAAGAUCAUGUUCCGCGGAAGGGCCCUGGGAAGAGGAAACGCGCCCCUCCCAAGACGAACGGCAUCGAAUCCCGCAUCCUUCCUCAGAUGAACGGCGAUGCCAUGGACGUGGAUCAUAAUGGGACUAGCCACGUGACUAACAGUGUGCGCGCCGAAUCUGAGGCCGUUGCCUCCGACGUCGACUCCCCCACUGUUGACCAGAUUCCCAUAUCGACUCUCACCAUCGGCCAAACCAGCUCGACGCAGAUCGAGAAGCCAGUAGACCUCACUCCAGACACGAGAAUGGUGUCCAUCAAAGAGAAAGACAAGCGCGUGACAAUAACACAGUGGGCACCCUCGCCUUCUGGAUCGUUCCUGUGCACAGUUGGGGAUUCUCUCCUGCGCGCUCACGCCAUACCUCUCGCUGGCGAUGACUCCCAAACUAUGUCUGGGGACCUGGCUAUCCAGCCUAAUAAUUUCAGCCCUACUGCAUUUUGUUUGGCCUCGCACGACAAGGUUUUCCUUUCGGUCAGCGAGAAGCUUGUCAACGAGGGAGGCGAGACUAUGGAGACAGAGAAGUUAUACAAAGUGACGACGAGUACGACGGACAAUGCUUCUGAAUACCGCCUCGUCUCUUCAACUGCUGGAGUAGUCCUCGCCAUUAUAUGGAACGAGUCCACGGAAUUGCUUUUGACCUUGUCGACAGACGGAAAAGAUGGGUCGAUUAAAAUCUGGAAGGACGACGACUCCAGCUCCGAACAGAUUCCAAAGUGGGCCACCUUCACAGAGUCCUCUCUGCUUGAUGCUUGCUGGAUUAGCGACUCGGAAUUUGUCGUGUGUGGUACCGAAAUUUUCCAGGUGUACGAGAUUACAGACUCGCUACGCCUAAAACAAACGCACCAAACGAAUGUAAAAUGGGAGAAGGUCCUCUACGACGCACCAUCCGGCAUCAUUGCGGCUAGAUCGAUGAUCGAACAAACGGGUUUUCUCGGUAUAAUCUAUCCUAACGAUCCGGGGAACCUGCAAACACAUCGAUAUCCUGACCAGUACUUGACCGACAUUGCCUUUAGACCACAGUCGAAGACAGCUUCCUUCCUGCCCACUUCGCCGGUAUUGCUUGCAACCUGCUCAGCAGAUGGAUUCAGCCGGCUAUGGGAUGCAAAUCAGCCGUUGAGAUGCCUCCGGAAACUUACCGCCGAAAAUGGAAACAAUCAGAAGGAGAAUGUGUCUUUCUCUCCCGACGGGUCUUUGCUUGCGGUUGCCGGACCGCAUGAUGUCAUCGUGUGGAAUCCGGACAGGACGGUGGCCCCAGUUGCUACUUGGGAUGCAACGGAAAUAGGCAAAGGCAAUUGGGAUCCUGAUACCGAGGGCCAGUUCACUCUUGGAUGGGACCCGGAUGGCUCGAGAUUUUCGGUCACGCUUGGGAACCAGAUUGCCAUCGUACCUUUCCCGAGGUAGUCCAAGGCGACGCCCAACACAACGGCUUUCUUGGGUACU